AUGCAAAAACAUUUGAAGGAUUUGGAAUCAAACAAAUUCAUUAAUUUUUUAGAAAAAAUAGAAAUGUGUAAUAUGGGAAGCGUUAAAAGUAUCUACGAGAUGUUCGAAAAAAACGAAGUUUUACAAGCAUGUUCGGAGGAAAUCUGCAACGCUUUCUCGCAAUAUUCAAAGGGUUUCUAUCACAUAGACGUUGAAGAUUUUUUUGGGAUAAAUUUGAGUAAUGAUGAGAGUGAAUUUGAAGACCGAUAUUUUCAUGAAGUAGAUAAGAAGCCGAUUGAAAAGAAAUUGGAGGAUUUUUUUAAAGAAUUUGAAAAGGAGAGUUUAUUAGAGCGUUUUGCAGGAGUAUUUGGGAAUGGGAAAAAACUGUUCAACAAAAUGGUGGAAAACCCCAACACGAAGAAGGAAAAAAUUGAUUAA